CUUGCUCCACACAUAUUCAACAGUUCGAGACUAAAAUAGAAGAUAAGCAUGCCGAAAGCUAGCCGGAGCCGAUUGAUCCAUGCGAGCCAAUCAAAGACUACCAUGCCACUAUCCAAGCGACAGUUUUCACUACCCGAGGAUCACUCUCAACGGUUAGAGCAAGUUGAUCCAACGACUUCAGCAAACGAAAUCCUACAUGAACUUAACGAGGACCCUAAAGCUUAUGUACUAUCAUCAUCAUCAUCAAAGACAACGACGAAACACAACUCAGACCGAAGGGUGAUAAGAGCUCGAGACAGCGCCCAACCGUACUCCAAAUCGCAUGCCAAGAGACUCAAGAAGAAAGGCAAAGAGCAGGUUGUCGUAGGAGAGCUGCGCCGGACAUGGGAGCCUUGGAUGAAGUGUUGGCUACUGCUCCUCUUACGACUACUACUACCAACCUCCCCACUAGUCUCCCAACUGGACUCCACCAACACCAACAAAAGCCAUCAUCAACUGUGCAAAGGAACCCCGCUUCAAAAAAAUCGUUGUCUCACAAACAGAAGGCUAAAGUCUUACACGAAGAGUCUAUUCGAUUGCCCUCGAUCUUGAACCACCCGGAGUUCAAGAAGAAUCCCUUCGCAGCUAUCCGCACUCACAUCCAGAACUCAUCCGCCUCUUAACACAGCUAGAUCACUCUUUUUUUUCCAUUGUAAUACUUUCCAUCGAUCUGGUCACCAGCGAGCUUAAAAAAAACUUGUUCUAAAGAAACAUUUUCUUCUACUUGAAUGGAUAAAAGUUCACUCUUCUCUAAUGUUACAUGUGCAUGCGACGGACUUAUAAUAAAGAGUACA